AUGCUUGGUGGAAUCUUCAAGCUCCUUCGCUUACCAUUCGGGCCACGAUGUGAUGCCAAGGAGGAUCGGCCAUGGCUCUUCCCCGUGAAGCUGAAACCUCAAGAUGAGGAUCAGGAUCUCCUAGGGACAAUGCCAGAUCGAGUUGUCGGCUUGUCCAGCCGAGCAAACGCAGAAGCUCUUGAUUUGAAACUCUUCUGGAAGGGACAGGGACAUCUCAAGUGCAUGUGCCUGCUCAUGACGAAGGAGGGCAAGUACCUGCGACAUGUUUGGGAAGGUGAUAGCCGCUUCGAUGGCAUCCAGUACAGAGCACAGCAGCCGAGAAGCUUGCAGGCUCCUGAAAUUGGUCGUGACGACGAGGAGGAUUUUCUGCACGUGGGCACAGUUGCCGGGGACAGCAUGUCCUUGCAUCUGGGCUUGCUCCCAGAGAACGUCUUUGCAUGCGUUUUUGCAUUGGUGGGAACAGAUGAAGGUCUGGCUUUUGCAUCGGAUGAUGUGAUGCAGCAGUUCCAGGAGCUGACAAUGACGCUCCAUGCAGCCCAAAGCCAGGAUGUGAUUUUCACGUAUCGCCAGGGAGCUCUGCGAAAGGAAUGCAACAUCAUCACCAGCCUCUGCCUCUACCGCGGGCCCCAUCAUACAUGGCGGCUGGAGCCAAUGCAGCUGCAUUUGCGUCUUGGCCCCAUUAAGCUUCACGGAACAAGGUCCAGACUUCUGCUGGUAUAA